UGAUCAACCAUGAAAAAAAUAGGGUUCCUGAUCAUUUUGUUAUCAGGACUGUACAGUCUCUCCUCAUGUCUCACUCAUCAGUAUCACUUUGUGGACAUGCAGAAGACCUGGACAGAUGCUCAGAGUUACUGCAGAGAGACCUACACUGACCUGGCCUCCGUAUCUGAUCAGGAUGACCAGGAUAGUCUGAUCAGUUUGUUCAACUCCAAAGGCCUUAAUUCUGGUGAGGCCUGGAUAGGACUGAAGUAUGACAGCUGGACGUGGUCUCUGGAAGACAAUGAUACAGAUGGGAUCAUUAAUGGUUGGCCUGGAGGGUAUCCCUGGUACCAGUAUGGAUACAGCAUAUACAGUAAUGGUCAGCAGGAAUGUGCAGUGAUCCUUACAUAUUUCUCGGACGGAUGGUUUGGAAGUUCUUGUGACUCAAACAACUACUUUGUUUGCUAUGAUGGGAGACAAAAUGCCACUCAGACCUUUGUGGUGGUUAUACAAGCGAUGACAUGGUAUCAAGCUCAGAGAUACUGCAGAGGUCACUACACAGACCUGGCCAUUGUGAGGAACCAGACAGAGAACCAGGCCAUACAGAACCUAGCAGUGAGUGCAGGUCUCUAUACCUAUGUGUGGAUCGGUCUGUACAGAACUGGAACAUGGUCAGACAGUGGAAACUCCAGUGUCUACACCACUACCUACGUACUUCAAAAUGUUAAUGGUUUGAAUCAGACCUGUGUCACUGGUCAAUACAACGGCGGUUAUUACGUUUAUUACAAUUCCUACUAUCAGAACACAAUGGAGAACUGCGGAAACACGUUCCCAUUUGUCUGCUACAGUGAUGUGUGUAGCUUCUCCCCAAAUAUCUCUCAUCAGUAUCACUUGGUGAACAUGCCAAUGACCUGGACUGAAGCUCAGAGUUACUGCAGACUGACAUAUACUGACCUGGCUACUGUAUCUGACCUGUCUGAUUAACUCUACACUUGGUUA